CGCCAAGGUCGCCCGCCUCUUCCCUUUAAAAGGGCCAUGUCGCUCUCGCUGCUGCGGCUGCCGGCCCGGAGGAGCCUCGUCGCGGCCGUGGGCCGCGGCCUGAGGCAGGCGAGACCCUGGUCCAGCGGACCCGGCGCCCGCUCUCGGGAAGCGGACUGCCGAGGCGCGGGGGCCGGCGUCGGCGUCGGCGUCAUUGCGGGCAGCCUGGGCCUAUCAGCCUUUUCCCUUUUCUCUCACGACGCUCAGAAAGAGAAAGGGAAAGAUGCAGAGGAAGGGGAGAACCAAGUGUCAGAAGAAGAGACCAUCAUUUUUUUACUGAAAAAGGCCAAGUUCAACAUCAUGAAAGGAGAGUUGGAAGAGGCGGACGGGAUCCUGCAUGAAGCUGCCCAACUCUCUCACCAGGCAAACAACACCAAGGCCAUCAUCUACACAUACGACAUGAUGGCGAAUGUGGCCUUCAUGAGGGGAGAGCUGGAGCAGGCAGAAAAGCUUUUCAAAGUGGCAAUGAGCUACCUGCUGGCUGGAGAUAUGAAGCAGGACGACAACGCCAUCAUAGAGAUGUCGCUCAAGCUAGCCAGCAUCUAUGCCGCACAGAAUCAGGACCAGCUGGCCCUGGCUGGCUACCAGUUUUGCAUCCUGACCCUGGAGGAGAAGCUCAGCAAGGAGGACCUACCUGCCUACGCGUUAUCAGAGGAUGAGCCGGCAAACACACGCCUGCUUCUCGGGAUGAGCCUUGACUCCUACGCUCGCUAUUUGCUGGACCGCAAUCAGGCGUCCGCGGCCCAGAGGAUGUAUGAGCGGGCACUGCAGAUCUCCAUGGAAGUUCAAGGGGAGACUCACCCCCAGAGUGUGGUUCUGAUGAACGACCUGGCCACAGCCCUGGAUGCGCAGGGGUUCUACGAGGCGGCCGACGCACGCGCGAGGAGAGCACUGGAGCUGGCCCGACAGACCGAGCACCCGGAGCUCCACAUCAUGUUGAACAACUUAGCCGGGAUCCUCAUGCAUAAGGAAGAAUAUUCACAGGCCAAAAAAAUGUACACCGAAGCCCUGAAGCAGGCGGAGAAAAUCGGUGAUAGCGCUUCUGCCCAACACAUCCAGAAAGGGCUGGCUGAACUUGCCAAGAGGAAGAAGUCAAAAACAGCCGGCAGUUUGCAGAACGGAGAGGAAUCCGGUAACAAGUGAGUCCGACUCAGAGCAGCAGGAUACUCGCUGCGAAGGGUGGGAGCCAUGCUGAGGGGCAUCACUGCCUGUGUGUGGGGACUGUUGGCUUUUGAAGCAUCUGGCUGAGCACAAACUGGAGCCGAUUACACAUUAUGUGUGCCAGAAGCAAACCGGGCUAACUCCAAAGACCUCCGUGCUCAAGAUAAAAACAAGGCAGUCAAAAUCUACACAUCCGAACUUGGCACCUAAUAAAGCGUAAGAGGUCUGCGGCCAAGGAACCGCGGCCAUUUUUCUCCCCCAAGAACAUUUC